AUGAAUGAGGACGGAUUUAUUGUUUGGAUUCUACCGCCUAUAUUUCAGCCAUUUAAUCAUGUUAUUAAUUAUUUUCAAUUGUUAUUGCAACAAUGAUUAUUUUCUACUAAUCACAAAGAUAUUGGAACCUUAUAUUUUCUAUUCGGAGCUUGAGCUGGAAUAGUAGGUACAUCAUUAAGUGUAUUAAUUCGUGCAGAACUUGGUCAUCCUGGUGCUUUAAUUGGAGAUGAUCAAAUUUAUAAUGUAAUUGUUACAGCCCAUGCUUUUGUAAUAAUUUUUUUUAUAGUAAUACCUAUUAUAAUUGGAGGAUUUGGUAAUUGAUUAGUUCCAUUAAUAUUAGGAGCUCCUGAUAUAGCAUUUCCUCGUUUAAAUAAUAUAAGUUUUUGACUAUUACCUCCUUCUUUAACAUUAUUAUUAGUAAGUAGUAUAGUUGAAAAUGGAGCUGGAACAGGUUGAACAGUAUAUCCUCCUCUUUCUGCUGGUAUUGCUCAUGGAGGAGCUUCUGUAGAUUUAGCAAUUUUUUCUUUACAUUUAGCAGGAAUAUCAUCAAUUUUAGGAGCUGUAAAUUUUAUUACAACUGUUAUUAAUAUACGAUCUCAUGGAAUUACUUAUGAUCGAAUACCUUUAUUUGUUUGAUCAGUUGUAAUUACAGCAUUAUUAUUACUUUUAUCAUUACCUGUAUUAGCAGGAGCUAUUACUAUACUUUUAACUGAUCGAAAUUUAAAUACUUCAUUCUUUGAUCCAGCAGGAGGAGGAGAUCCAAUUUUAUAUCAACAUUUAUUUUGAUUUUUUGGUCAUCCUGAAGUAUAUAUUUUAAUUUUACCAGGAUUUGGUAUAAUUUCUCAUAUUAUUAGUCAAGAAUGUGGAAAAAAGGAAACAUUCGGAUCUUUAGGAAUAAUUUAUGCUAUAUUAGCUAUUGGAUUAUUAGGAUUUAUUGUUUGAGCUCAUCAUAUAUUUACAGUUGGUAUAGACGUAGAUACUCGAGCUUAUUUUACAUCUGCAACAAUAAUUAUUGCUAUUCCAACUGGAAUUAAGGUUUUCAGUUGAUUAGCAACUUUACAUGGAACUCAAUUAAUUCUUACACCUGCAGUUUUAUGAUCAUUAGGAUUUGUAUUUUUAUUUACAGUAGGUGGAUUAACUGGAGUAGUACUAGCUAAUUCUUCUCUUGAUAUUAUUUUACAUGAUACAUAUUAUGUAGUAGCUCAUUUCCAUUAUGUUUUAUCAAUAGGAGCUGUAUUUGCAAUUAUAGCAGGAUUUGUUCAUUGAUACCCUUUAUUUACAGGAUUAACACUUAAUAUAAAGUGAUUAAAAACUCAAUUUUAUAUUAUAUUUGUAGGAGUAAAUUUAACAUUUUUCCCUCAACAUUUCUUAGGAUUAGCUGGAAUACCUCGACGUUAUUCAGAUUAUCCAGAUGCAUAUACAACAUGAAAUGUUGUAUCAACAAUUGGAUCAACAAUUUCAUUAGUUGGAAUUAUUAUAUUCAUGAUUAUUGUUUGAAAAAGUAUAAUUAAGCAACGACAAGUAAUUUAUACUAUACAAUUAAAUUCUUCAAUUGAAUGAUAUCAAAAUAUUCCUCCUGCAGAACAUAGUUAUUCAGAAUUACCAUUAUUAUCUAAUUUCUAAUAUGGCAGAUUAGUGCAAUGGAUUUAAGCUUCAUAUAUAAAGUAUUUUACUUUUAUUAGAAAAAUGGCAACAUGAGCAAAUUUAAAUUUACAAGAUAGUGCAUCUCCUUUAAUAGAACAACUUACAUUUUUCCAUGAUCAUACUAUAUUAAUUUUAGUAAUAAUUACAGUUAUAGUAGCUUAUAUAAUAACUAUAAUAUUUUUUAAUAAAUAUAGAAAUCGAUAUUUAUUACAUGGACAAACAAUUGAAACAAUUUGAACUAUUUUACCAACAUUCAUUUUAUUAUUUAUUGCUUUUCCUUCUUUACGUUUAUUAUAUUUAAUAGAUGAAAUUAAUGAACCUUCUAUUACAUUAAAAUCAAUUGGUCACCAAUGAUAUUGAAGUUAUGAAUAUUCAGAUUUUUUAAAUGUUGAAUUUGAUUCUUAUAUAAUUCCUACUAAUGAAUUAACUAUUAACAGUUUUCGUUUAUUAGAUGUUGAUAAUCGAAUUGUUCUUCCUAUAAAUUCUCAAAUUCGUAUUUUAGUAACUGCAGCUGAUGUAAUUCAUUCUUGAACAGUUCCUGCUUUGGGUGUAAAAAUUGAUGGAACUCCUGGUCGAUUAAAUCAAACAAAUUUUUUAAUUAAUCGACCAGGAUUAUUUUUUGGACAAUGUUCAGAAAUUUGUGGAGCUAAUCAUAGUUUUAUACCUAUUGUUAUUGAAAGUGUACCUAUUAAUUUUUUUAUUAAAUGAAUUUCUAAUAUAAAUUAAAUUAA